AUGGAAAAUGCUAAUGAAGGGAAGAACAAUACUUCUCUGCCUGAAGAUAAUGCCUGCAUAUUAGUUGAGGGGUUAGAGAAGCUUUCAAUUGAUGGGACUACUAAUGUUUCAAGAAAGAAUAAGGCUAAAAAAGGUAAGGACAAGAAAAAGUCUAGAGGUAAGUACUCUGAUGAUAUCAUAGCCAGAAUACCUUUCAAACAUUUUAGUUAUUCAAAUGCCCAUAUAGGGAAAUCUCAACCAAAUAUCUUUCAGGAAGCCAAAGGUGUUGCUCUUUAUUAUGACAAGAGAAUAACAAAGAUAACAAAUAACGAAGCUGAAUUAAUCAAUGAAUCGAAUCCACCUUUCUUAACAAAAGAUAUAUCAAAUCUUUCAGAAAUAUCUCUAUUGGAUUCCAAGAAAUUUAAGUUGCCAUACAUGGGAUAUAACCUCUACGAUGAAAUUGAAAAGUUUGGGCCCAUGGAUAGUACUCUAUUAGAUUCAACAGUACCAUGUUUUGAAUAUUUGAGGACUCUUAAAAUUUCUGAAGAAGAUAAAUUAUAUAACACACCUUAUACUUUUAUGACACCAAGACACCACCUGACAGAACUUAUGAUGACUGUUUAUGAGAGUAGAGAAUCGGAAUUGACAGGGAAAAGCUGGCUUUUUACACGUAUUAAAGAUGAUCUAAUUGUAAUAUCAGAAGAUCUAGCAAAAGAAAAUAAUCCUUCCCCCCAAAAUCAUAAAUUACAGAAUUCAUUUAGCAAGAAAGUAAUAAACUCAGGCUUCACAUUUGAAGAAUUGGUUAUCGAAAACUUCCAGGAAUGCCAUAAGCCAUAUUUUUAUAUAUCAGAAAAUAGACUGACACCAAAGUCAACAUUCAUAAUUAGAUCUGAAAUGGAUUCGUAUAAUAAUAAAACUGAAACAUUCACUGAACUUAAAUGCUUUAAUAAACUUCAUCUAGGAGUAGCCCAGCACAGAAAAAAACUACUAAAGACAUGGUUUCAAACUGGCCUAAGCCCCAACUGUGAUAUUGUCAUUGGGAUAAGAGAUACUUCAUCUGGAAUACUCGAAGACUUGUUAUGGUAUUCAAGAGAAAACAUGUAUCAAAAGUUGCAAGAUCCAAGUCUUCCUAAGUUCAAGAAUAGUUUUGAUUUCAAACCUCACAUAGGUAUACAAUGGUUGAAUCAUUGUAUACACGCAAUUGAAUCUGCGUUUACAAAAGACACCUCAGACACAGCUUCUAACCCAAUGACAUACAAAGUCAUCAUUGAUAAGCAUAAAUCAAUUAUUAUUAAAAAGUUGAGCAUCGUCCCAAAAAAUGUAGAAAUUCCAACAGACUUCUUGUAA